UGCCACCCCUCCCAUCAAGAAUGACAUCCCGUCUCUUCGCAUAUUCCCAGAUUGGGGGGUGGUCACAUAUGGAGGGGGACAGGACCUCAAAGAUGGAGCGACAUUCCUUUCAUUUAAAUCCAGUAAGCUUCAUGGUAGAGUCGUUUCAGCCCUUGUUGAAAAACAGCAUAAAGGUUUAUCCUGGGCUAAUUUCAAUCCAGGGCAUGAGCAUCCAGACCAGAACUCAUUUGUGUUUGCCCCAAAUGGAAAACUACUUGUCACUGAUGGAUUGUACUCUAUGAAGUGGACCUAUACAAAUAAUGUGAUGAUGUUUAGUCCAUCCACAGCCAGCAAAUGUAGCAAGCCAUGGGCAGGCCAGAUUCAGGACUGUGCUAAAUGGUUGGAGUUUCGGCGAGUAAAUGGAGUGACAGAAUGGAUGGAUGCUAAAAUAGUAUUUGUGAGCCAAAUGCAGGGUAUGCUGUAUCUCGUAGGGGAGGCUGCAAAAGCAUACCCUAAAUCUUUAAAGCUCAAAUCUGUUGCUAGGCAUUUGCUGUUGCUAAACAGCCAACUUCUUCUGAUAUCCGAUCAUGUCGAAGUUGCCACUGAUAGCCCCUUGACCCAUUGGAGUACAUACUUCAAUAACUAUGAAAACAAAUUCCAAGUACUCAAUGACUUUAGUCACAAAGGAGCUAAAAUGGUCAUCGAUGAUGAAGAGUAUCGAAUCAUUGUUAAAGUGGCAGAUUCAGAGAACCAACCAGAUGUGAAUAUUACUGAAAUAGUGAGCUCUAAAGAUGGCAAAGUAUGGACAUUGAGCAACCUCAACAUAUCGAGCAAUCUCCAGGGCAGGACAACAGAUAUCUUCUACAUACUCCAUUCUCCAAGCAUCACUUUAAAAGAUGUCCAAAUUACGCCACACUUAAAUACAAAAACUGAGAUUAAACUUAAAGUAAACAAUGAAAAUACCCUGAUAUCAAUAGCGCAUGGCAACGGUGACUCAAAUCGAGGAUGUGUUGUGCAUGUACAAGAUUCAGCUGAUAAAGUGAUCUUUACCAACCAAUAUGACCCAUCGUUUGAUCUAGAUAAGGUCCUUGCAGAAAAUGACGAGAAGAGCAAAACAACCCCCAAGGGAACUCUUCAAAUAUCCAUAAUUGUUGCCAUUUUUGGGAUCUAUUUCAUUUAUAAGAGAUUUAAACUAUCACGUCUAAAGAGAUGUAGUUCUGUUUUAAACAAACUUUAGUAUGGUAAACAUACUUAAAGAUUAAAUGCUGAAUUGAAAUGAAAUCCCAGCUGAUGUUUUAAUGACAACUCAAUACUUUUAUUUAUCACUUUUAUUAUUUUAUUACAAUUGUUGUGUACCAUUUAACAACAAAUAAAUAUUGAUCUUAACUCUCUAUUCUAAAGUGAUGCAAGUAGAUUUAUAUCUCUUACUUUUCUUUCUUUUUUCUUGUUAUUGGCAUUUUAAAUGUGACAUGGUAUAACAUCAAUAUUUAACAAAGAUAUGUGGAAAUUAUGCAAGGAAGUAUGCUAAGCACUUAUUUAUUUAAUCAUUUCACUGAAUUCCUACAAAAUAACUGUAGUAUCUUAUAAUGAGGAGGUUAUUAUCUUUGAAUGGAUGGGUGUUUUAAAACUUAUAUAUUCUGCGAAAGACUAUUUCAUUAAAAAAAGUUAUAGACUAAUACUCAUAUAUACACUAUUCAAUAAAACACAACAGUUCUCUAAUAUAAUACAAGGACACAAACAAGUACAACUUGUCCCCAAAAAUCGGUGAUCAUAGAUUUUUGAUCCUGAAUGCCCACACUAAUCAGUUGAAGAGACAAGAUUUAGAACAAAAAUCCAAAAUGGCUCCCUUAAUAUUAACCCAGAAUGCCAAAAUCUAAUCAGUUCAAGAUUUUCAUACAAAGAAUCAUUCCUAAAAAUUUGAAAUCAAUCUGUCAAACAACUAUCCAAUUUAAGACCAUAUGAGUGCUCGAACCAUGUAGAGCAGCUAGAACUAGGGAUACAGUAUCAACAAACAUAUCUUGACCUUUGCAAUAAUUUGCCAAAGAAAAUUGUUUGCUUACCGCAUACGGGUGCCUACUGCAGCAAUAUGUCUAUUCAUGACACUGUUAGGUCGUCCAACAUGGAUCCCUAAAGACUUGUGGAGCAUGUUGGCGAAGAUCUCUACCUGGUCGAUGCUGUGGUACUUGGCAAUCUCUAGUCUUUCAGCAAGAAAC